UGCAGGUCAGGGACCAUCCUAUAAUAACUUAAAAUGUCAUUCUUCUUACAAUAAUAUUUUUAUACAUUUAUCCUAAAAUUACACCUUUCUUAUCCAUUGGCACACAAAAGUUUCCACUUCCCUCAACUACGUUACGACUUUCUCAGAACACCAAAGCAAAAGCAGUACACUCCAGAACUUCCAACACUUAACCUCAAAAGCCAAAAUGCAAUCAUUCACUCCCUUUCUAGGGUCCGUCUUUUUCUUGGCGUUAAUAUCAAACACUCUUCCUUCCUCCAACACCGUCCCUUCCUACCCGACCCAAACGCCGACCCAGAUAUGCCGCCUCGACCUCUCCAACGAGCUCUUCGGCGGCGUCAACCACGCCUGCGGCACCACCCUCGACCGCAGCCGCUGCUGCCCCGUCCUCGCCGCCUGGCUCUUCGCGGCCCACGCUCGAACCGCCCUAGAAGUCUCCGCCCCGGCGCCGCCUCCCUCCGGCGACCUGCCCAUGAUGCCAGAUGACUCCCAAAAGUGCGUCAACUCCCUCCAAGACUCACUUCGGAAUCGGAGCAUCCGAAUCCCACAACCGAACGCCACCUGCGACGCCAUUCUCUGCUUCUGCGGCAUCAGGCUCCACCAAAUAACCUCCCUCAGCUGCCCCAACGCGUUUAACGUCACCGCGUUUCGCAACGUCUCCGGCACCCACAACGCCACCCCCACCGCCGUCGUUCGCAGUUUGGAAAAGAAUUGCCGCAACGCUUCCUACGCCGGCUGCACCCAAUGCCUCAAUGCCUUACAAAAGAUAAAAGGGUGUAAGAAGGAGAAUGAGAGUGAGAGUGAGAGUGAGAGGGCGAAGAAGAUGUUUAAGCGGGACUGUCAACUCAUGGCGCUGACGUGGCUGCUUGGAAGGAACAAAACGGCGUACAUACCCACCGUUUCGGCGGUGUUGCGAGCGGUGAUGUACAGUGCGCAUCCACACGAAUCCAAGUGUAGUCCCGACCAGGAGAACAUGCCCUUGGCCGUUGAUUCCCUGCAAUUUGAGACGAGCAAGGGUUCAUCUUCGCUGUUGAGGUUGUCUUCGAUUAUGCUUGUCAUCGUUACAGUUGUUUUCUGCUUCUGAUUGAAGGGUCUAUUUGUUGCGCAUUGCGAGGGUCCUCGUGUAUUCGGGAUGUCACGUGAAGCUAUUACUAUUAGACAAAAAAUGUGCAACCAAGUCUGUCUUUUCUCACUGUAAAUUUCGGAUUCCAUUCCCUUAUUAAUUUUUGUACAUAUCUAUCCAUUUAUUAUUAUUAUUAUUAUUAAAAAAAGUUCCAUUAAAACACUUUUAAACAUGAUCUUUUGAAUGUGUAUUUAUUUAUUUAUUAGUUGAAUUUAUUAAAAAUCAUGAAAAUUUAUA